AUGACAUUGCCGUACGUGGUGGACGCACAGACAUCGUUAUCGCCAGCGGAACUGCAGGUCCUUCAUGACCAGUACGAGACAGAAGCGGCGUCAGGUCACAUUACGACACAGACCAAGUUCAACUACGCCUGGGCCUUGAUCAAGAGCACCAGCCGUCCACAAAUGCUGCAAGGUGUGGCGCUACUGACAGACAUUUAUCGUACUGAUCCACCUCGGCGGCGUGAGUGCCUGUACUACUUGGCACUGGGCCAUUACAAGCUCUCGAAUUUUGAUGAGGCCAAGCGAUUCAACGCCCUUCUGUUGGAACGUGAACCGAAAAACCAGCAGGCUCAAAGCCUCAAUGCCCUGAUCGAUCAGGGUAUUGCUAAAGAGGGGUAUAUUGGGAUGGCUCUGCUAGGCGGCGUAGUUACCGUGACGGGUGUAUUGCUUACCACGUUCCUCCGUCGCGGUCGUAGGUAA